AUGGGGCUGACGGAAACAGAUGCCCACACGGGACCGUCGGAGCCAUUGCCUGGUGGCGCUGGUCCUCCCAAUGCUCCUAAGCCUCCCAACCCUCCCAACCCACCCCCAGCCCACAGUCCUGUGGCCGGCCCUCCGUGGGCGCAGUAUAGCGGGAAGUAUGGGAACUACGGGUAUGGCCCUGGCGGCUAUGGCUAUGGCUAUACCGCCUAUGGCUACGGCAUGAGCUUCGCCAAGGGCGACGAGGCGAAGGGCAAGGGCCGUGGCAUGUCACGCGGCAAGGGUUGGAAGUCGAAAGAGGGACACCGCAAGGACAGCAAGGAUGCCAAGGAAGGAGAGAAAGAUGCGCUCGAGAAGCCCGAGAAGGAGGAGGAAGCAGCGCCCCGCGUCAAGGACGAGGUCUUCGAGGAGAUUCGGGCGGUGCUGAGCGUGAAUGCUUGUGCCUUAGUGAGUUGCUCCGCCUCUGCCGAGCUGAUGGUGAAGGGACACGAAGAAGCUGUGCUGCAGCACCAGUUCUUCGACGCGCGCGUCCGGCAGCAUCUUCACGCGCUGCACGGCUCCGGCGGACGGGCCCGGCUAAAAGCCGCCUUGCAGAUGGUCCACCAGUGCACCAUGAACAAGACUCGCCAGGACGUGAAGAACUGGCCUGCCUACUUGGUCACACUGCUGAAGAAGUUCGAUGCGGACGCCGCUGCCGCGCCUCCCCAGGACCGGCAGGAGCGACUGGAGGAAAAGAAGGGCGUUGGCUCUGCAUCCACGGCCUCCACCACUCCGGAGAAGUUGUCUGGUCAAGAGGCCUUUGGGGUAGAGGAGGCCUUCCCCAACUUCUCCUUCAUGGAGAGCGAGUCCGAAGAAGAAGGUGACGAGGAGCCCCGGGAACAGAGGUGGGAUCUGCAGGUCCCCAGAGUUACGGCACCACCUCCGAAGCAGCCCUACCGCGAGCCACAGAUGUCAAGCCUCGAGAUUCUCGAAGCACCAGGUUUUGGUGGCCCGGAAGUCCCAGAGCUGGGCACUGCGAACGUCCGGAAUGCGGAGGAGCUGGGUCGGGUUGGACACGGGCCCCGAGCCGUGGCGCCGGUCGGGCCCAAUGCCCUUCCAGCGGGCACUGGGCCAGGGGCAAACCUUUCCCUGUCCAGUGCAAACGGCUUACCUCCAGCUCAUCCCUGCGCCUUCCCCUUUGGCGACAAGACAGUGUCCGCAGUGUCCGGAAACAUAGGCUUCGGGCUUCAAACCACCCCGACAAUGCCGGCGGGUGAGCGCUUGGGGCCGAUGAGCUCUUGGAGCUCAAGGCUGCUGGAGCUUCUGCGCCUCUCCCGGUGCGGCUGCCGAGAUAGUGACGGCAAUGCGAAAGACCUGUCUGCCGUGUCUGGGAGGUCUUCGCCCGGUGAUGGCUGCCCCGAAGUGGGAGGCCUUUUGGAACCGCAGCGGUGCACCCCCUGCACACCCCCACGCCCUGCUUCGGUCACGACUAAGACUGAGAGCGCCAUCCCGUUGGCCUCUUUUACCAAAAACUCGUUGGCCUCCGAAGCGCAGCGAGAUGCGGAGAUGAAUCGUGUCAAGUUGUGGAUUCUGCAGCGUCCCCUUCAGCAGACGGAGCGAAGCCUCUUGGAGUGGGAGAAGAAAAGGCGACAGGAUGCCGAAGCCUCCUCCACCAGCUCCUGGGCAGAUGAGUUCAGCCGGUACUGUGCCAUGGCAUUGUGGCGCGUCCUCGGUGACAUUGGUGACAAGAGUGGGGAGAGCGCCUGUGGAAUCCUUGUGCGCGAGGGCCAGGGCCUCCAGACUCCUGUCCUCGGACGCCUCAGCUUCGGCGCCCUCGUUUUAGCGCUAGCAGAUAGCUCGAGUUCGAGCGGCGCAGCAGCCUCCCGGCUUCGCUACAGGCUGCUGAGAGGAAACGGCCCCAAGGAGGGCUGGGUCUCCAUCCGGUGCAAAGGCAAAGCUUUGUUGGCGGAAGCGGACCGUGCCGACCUGGCGCCGCCUGAGCAGUCCAUGCCAUUUCCUGCCAUCGGAUUGGAGAAGCCGAACCUCGGAGCUGCAAGCGGCUGGGCCUCCUGGCACGGCUUCAAGCGCACUCCGGCCUAG